GCGUUAAGACAACGGCGGGUGCCUAGAACGGCACUCCGGGAGCGGAACAACAACACGAGCUUGCAAGAUUCGAAGCUGGGCGUUGGUCACGGCGACCGAGGGAAGAACUUGAUACACCAUGUGGCUUGACCGGUUUGGUGGGCAGCAUCCCGGAAACACUCCCGGUCCCUCUCCGCCGAGCCAGAGUCGUACGCAAUCGCCGCUACCUCGCCGGACAUCGAGCGCACGCGGCCCUUAUGUCACGUCGCAGAGGCCAGGGAUCUCCCCAAGGGGGUCUUCUCUGUCUCUCGUGUCUAACGACUCAUCGUCCUCGCUGCUCGCCUCAUCGAAGCGGGCCAAUGGUUCGGCCCUGAAACAGUCCACCACUGUUGGCGAUGCUCCGGACCCCGAAGAGGUUCUCGCUCGAAUUCUCGGGCCCUUGCCGGAUCCAGCCACGCCAGGAAACAGCCAGCCAGGAAGGAUGACGGAGGAUGACUUGGAGGGUGAAUUUGAUUUUGGAGGUCUUUCUCUGCGGGAGCUCGCCAGCGAAGAUGCCGACCAGGCCGUGGUAGACCGCUGCAAACCACAGACGGUAGAGGACUUCAAUCGAGACAAAGCCAAGUUCGAGGAGCUUCACCGAUCAAUUUGUGCUUGCGAAGACAUCCUAAGCUCGGUUGAGUCUAACCUCACCAGCUUUCGCAAUGAUCUAGCUGCCGUAUCUGCCGAUAUAGAAAGUCUUCAAGCCAGGUCUACUUCCCUGAACGUUAGGUUAGAAAACCGAAAAGCCGUCGAGAAGCGCUUAGGCCCUCUCGUGGAGGAGCUCUGUGUGUCGCCCGUCGUAGUCUCCAAGAUAUCUGAGGGGCACAUUGACGAAGCAUGGGUCAAGAUACUGGCCGAGGUGGACAAGAGAGCCACGGCGUACAAAAAGAACUCGCAGCAGAUGCCGAGCAAGGCGUUAGCAGAUGUUGGGCCAUUGUUAGAAAAGCUGGUGCACAAGGCUCUUGAACGCAUCCGGGAUUUCCUUGUGGCCCAGAUCAAGGCGCUGAGGUCGCCCAAUAUCAACGCACAGAUAAUCCAACAGCAGAACUUCCUUCGGUUCAAGGACCUUUUCUCCUUUCUCAAUCGGCACCAGCCGGUGCUCGCAGGCGAGAUCUGCCAAGCCUAUCUAAACACAAUGCGCUGGUACUACUUGAACCAAUUCACCCGCUAUGAGAAGGCGCUAGAGAAACUCAAGCUCCAUGCCAUCGAUAAGAACGAUGUGCUUGGCCACGAGGAUACGUCGAGGAAGGCCACAGUCCUUUCGGGAUCGAAGGUCGCGGGAGCACCACACGACGCCUUCAACCUGGGAAGGAGAAUAGACGUCCUCAAAACCAACAAUCAGCUGGCAAUAUCGUCAUAUUUGGCUGAAGAAGAUCAGUCAAUCCACUACCUUGAAGUACCCUUCCGCAACUUUAACCUUGCUCUUGUCGACAAUGCCACGGCAGAGUACACCUUCCUCGCCGCCUUCUUCAGCCCGGCGCUCUCCUUCGCCACCAUCUCCCGACACUUCAACUACAUAUUUGAGCCCACCUUUGCCGUUGGGCAGACGCUCACAAAGCAGCUCGUCGCCGACACGUACGACGGGCUGGGCCUGCUGCUGUGCGUGCGCCUCAACCAGCAGCUGGCCUUUGAGCUGCAGCGCCGCCGUGUCCCCGCCGCAGACGGCUACAUCAACGGCACCGCCAUGACGCUGUGGCCACGUCUGCAAAGCAUCAUGGAUGCGCACUGCGAAUCUAUCCGGGCACUGACCGCGGCGCUGCCCGCGCGUGCCGCCUCAGCGGCCUCGGCCAAGGCUGCGUCUGCGGCUCCCCAUGUUGUGACACAGCGCUUCGGUCAGUUUCUUCAUGGUAUUCUCGCUUUAAGCCCCGAAGCCGGCGGCGACGACGAGCCCGUCGUGGUAAGUCUCGGCCGGCUGCGCAACGAGGUUGAGAUGUUCUUGAACAAGGCCAGCCAGGCAUCUUUUGGCGCCGACAAGAGGAAGCGAGAUCGAUUCUUGUACAAUAACUACAGCCUGAUCCUGACCAUCAUUAGCGAUGUUCGGGGGAAGCUUGCGGAGGAGCAACAAGAGCAUUUUGAGGCGUUGAAGGCUGGUCAUCAGGAGGAUGGGUAAUCGCCCUGGGAAAGGAGGGCGGAAACUUGACGUUCAGUUGGUCGCCAUGCUGUUUCCACUAAAUGAAAGGGUUCGAAGCGUGAAAAAUGCAGCAUACAUUUCUCUAUCAUCGUGACGUUGGAGCUCUUCAGAAGGUAUACAAAAUGAAAAACGCAGAGAGUCUACACGCCAUGUACGCCA